AUGUCUGUUUCAGACGUUGAACUGUUUUCAGAUGAUGUCUCUGUCCUCAGGGUGGCCACAGAUCAUAAUUCAGACAACACCAGCGCGAUCCUGCGCGAAUGGCUGAUAAACGUCCAGCACUUCUAUCAUUAUGUGGAGUGGAGACCUCAGGAGGAGCCCAGCGUCUACGAGGACGAGAGCGGCCCGAAGCACUGGACGAGCCUGCGGUACGAGCACGUGAUGAAGCUGCGUCAGGCGGCCCUCGACACGGCGCGGGAGAUGUGGGCCGACUACCUUCUGAUGGUGGACUGUGAUAACCUGCUGACCAACCGGGAUGUUUUAUGGAAGCUGAUGCGGGAGAAUAAGACGAUGGUGGCGCCGAUGCUGGAGUCCAGAGCGGCGUACUCAAACUUCUGGUGCGGCAUGACGUCUCAGGGUUAUUAUAAGCGGACGCCGGCCUACAUGCCCAUCCGCAGGCAGGAGAGGAAGGGCUGCUUCGCCGUCCCCAUGCUCCACUCCACCGUCCUGCUGGACCUGAGGAAGGAGGCGACCCGUGAGCUGGCCUUCUUCCCGCCUCAUCCCGACUACAGCUGGGCCUUCGACGACAUCAUCAUCUUCGCCUUCUCCGCGCGGAUGGCAGAGGUUCAGAUGUACAUCUGCAACAGAGAGACUUAUGGGUAUCUCCCCGUGCCCCUGCGCUCCCAUAAUACCUUGCAGGACGAGGCGGACAGUUUUCUGCACUCGCUGCUGGAGGUUAUGGUGCGCAGUCCUCCAUCAGAGCCGUCUGUGUAUCUCUCUCUUCCUCCUAAACAGCCGGAUAAAAUGGGCUUCGAUGAGGUGUUUAUGAUAAACCUGCUGAGGCGUUCGGACCGCAGAGAGCGUAUGCUGAGGACUCUGUACGAACAAGAGAUCGCGUGCAAGAUCAUCUCAGCUGUAGAUGGCAAGGCGCUGAACACCAGUCAGAUCGAGGAGCUCGGGAUCCAGAUGAUGCCCGGAUACAGCGACCCGUAUCAUGGCCGGCCGCUCACUAAAGGAGAGCUGGGCUGCUUUCUGUCGCACUUCAACAUCUGGACAGAGCGGCGGGACCUGCGAGCGUUUUCGGCCGAGCCGCUGCUGGUUUACCCCACGCACUACACGGGCGACGCGGGCUACAUCAGCGACACGGAGACCUCCAGCGUCUGGGACAACGAGACGGUCCGCACCGACUGGGACCGAGCACGAUCACGCAAGAGCCGCGAGCAGGAGGAGCUCAGCAGCGAGGCGCAGAACUCAGACGUGCUGCAGUCUCCGCUGGACAGCACGGCCCGCGACGAGCUCUAG